AUGCCCCAUGAAACUACUGUCGCCCAAAUAGAUCAGGCAGUGAAGUCUUACGAUCUAGAAGAGCAGUUCUGGGAAGAGAAAAAGAAAAUUGUAGUCUUUUUGACACUUGUUAUAAUAUGUGGAAAUCUUCUUGUAAUAAUCUCCAUUGUCUACUUCAAACAGCUCCACACUCCAACAAAUUACCUCCUCCUCUCUCUGGCUGUGGCUGAUCUGCUUGUUGGAGCUUUAGUUUUGCCUUUCAGCACAAUAUUAUCUCUAAGCUCGUGCUGGUAUCUCAGUUAUUUACUGUGCAAACUUAGAGGUCUCUUUGAUGUGUUGCUGUGUGCAUCAUCUAUUUUGCACCUGUGCUUUAUUUCUGUUGACAGAUAUUACGCUGUCUGUGAGCCUCUAACAUAUGCAACUAAAAUGAAUGUGCGUGUCAUUGUGACCAUGAUUGUGCUAAGCUGGAUUCCUGCUGCUCUGCUUGGAAUUGGUAUCACAUUUCGUGGGCUAAAAACUGACAUUUCCAGCUGGAAGUGUGAUAUAUUUCAAACUACAAAAGAAUCCAGUAUAGGCCCUGUUUUUGCAUUUUACAUUCCAACUUUUGUGAUUUUAACCAUCUACUUAAAGAUUUUGAUGGUAGCAAAGAAGCAGGCACGCAGCAUCCAAAACACCUUAAAGUUAGGAUCAGCUGUCAGUAAGAUGGAGAGAAAGGCCAGCAAAACUCUAGCUUUAGUAGUGGGAGUGUUCCUCAUUUGUUGGACUCCCUUUUUUGUCUCAAGCAUAAUACUGAUCGGUCGAAUAACAUACUCUUAUGUGGAAAUCUGCAAAUGCCAGAUAACAACUCUUUUGGAAAAACAAGGCUAA